CCACACUCUCGAUGUCUCAUUGAUAUCAGGCAUACCGUCUGCUCACCUAUUUUCCUUCGCUUUUUGAUGGGCUCCGUGUGCAAACUUGUGCGGACAUCAGUUUGCCCAUGCAAGCGCUAAUUUUGGCCCAGCUAUGGGAAAAUUCUGGCGAGCCUGGGUAGCCUGUAGCGGAUUCAACAUCCAGAACGGCCGACAGGCUACAAAAUCGCGAUACGUUUCCUUAUCGCGGUCUCCAACCGGGUACACGUACGCUGAGUCAAGGUUAUGCUACGCGACGCAGGAAGUCCGGGGCAUCACUGUUGGAUCUGGGGGUGGCGUUGUCAUUCCAUGUUUGGUGUUGUGGGUGUAGGUCCUUGACAGUGGCUGUGGCGACCUCAUCUUCAAGUUGAAGCACCUACCAGCGGGCCGCCACCUGACCAAACUAUCACCUGCAUCUUUAUCUAAACCUAUUGUUCUGACUAGUAUGGAAGGCAUUCAGUUCGUCCUGUUCGACAUCUCGGAGGACCUCGUGAAAGCGUGGCAGCGCGCGUUCGCACAGCAUGUCCCCGAUGCGGCGCGGGGGCGAUUCACGAUCACUCUUUCCACAAACGAGGACCUGUCCUUCCCGGCGGAGCAGUUCGACUGCAUCGUCUCGCCCGCAAACUCGUACGGCCGUCUCGACGGGAGCUUCGACUACUACCUCGCGAAAGAGCUCGCUCCCCCAGCGCGUUUCGAGGCACCCACGGAGAUCGCACAGGCCGUGCUCUACCGGCAAUGGCGGGGCUACGCGCCGCCGGGGACGUGCACGCUCGUCCCGCUGAAGGGCACCGUCUGCGCGGACAACAAGUACGGCUGCGGCUACAUUGCGCUCUGUCCCACGAUGCGCAUCCCCGAGACCGUCACCUGGAACCGCGAGGUCGUAUACAAUUGCAUGUGGUCGCUGCUGGUCGCGCUCGACCAGCACAAUGCCUCUGUGGGGGCGAGUGGUUCUGCUACAGAGGGUGAGGCGGCUACUAGGAUCAAGAAGGUCCUGAUGGCUGGGCUGGCGACGGGGGUGGGCAGAGUGUCUGCGGAGCGGUGCGCGCAGCAAAUGGCGCUCGCGGUCAAGCACUACGUCGACGCCUGCGAAAACCCGCAGAAGUGGAGUUCCUUGUCGUGGAACGAUGCGCUCGACUACGCGCAGGAGGCGAACGAUACCCACUCGCUGUGAAGCGCGGAACCCUUCACCCUGCCAACUGCUCGUGUAUGCAGAACGGACUUGUCUGUCAGCUGUUGAUCAGGAAAUAUCACGCGUACGUAGUUCCGCUAGCCGGACAGCCUGAAGCAAGUGAACGGUCAAACGGGCGCUCCGCCGGGGCGCAAGAAACAGCUCUGUCGCGCAAGCGCUGACCACAUCCGUCGCGUGAUGAUGAGUGGGACCGAGAUGCAUUGAAGGGGGAGCAAUAUAACUUA